GCGGGGGGGGGGGGGGGGCGCAGCGCCGAGGGACGGCGGCGGCGGCGGCGGCGAGGAGCUUCCGGGAGGGUGUGGUGAAGCCACGCCCCUUCCGGUGAGAGGGGGCGGGGCUUCCGGCGCGUCACUCGGCGGCGCCAGGGACGGCGGGCGCUGCUCAAGCCGCAGCAUGGCGGGCCGCAGAGCUGCUCUCAAGGCCAUCGACUGGGCCGCCUUCGCCGAGAGGGUGCCCGCCAACCAGCGAGCCAUGUUCAACGCCCUGAAGACCCGCAGCGACGCGCUGUCGGCCCGGCUGGCCAGCCUGCCGGAGAAGCCCCCCGCCAUCGACUGGGCUCACUACAAGGCUGCCAUUGCUAAAGCCGGCAUGGUGGACGAGUUCCAGAAGAAGUUCAGUGCACUGAAGAUUCCUGAACCCGUGGAUACACAAAGUGCUAAAAUUGAUGCUCAAGAACAGGAAUCUGCUCGCUUCAGGUUGUUGUCCUGCAUCGUAACCGUGUUCACCACGUCCUUUGCUGUCCUCCAGGCGAAGAACACCGCUGAGUACGUGCAAGCUUCCAAAGCUCGGAUUGCCCAGUAUGAACAGCACCUUCAGAAGCUCAAAAGCAUGAUUCCCUUUGAACAAAUGACAAUUGAAGACAUGGCUGAAGCCUUCCCUGAAACCAAACUGGAUAAGGAGAAGCAUCCAUUCUGGCCUCACAAACCGAUUGCUGAUCUGUAAGCUGGUCUGGAAGCAGUUUGUCUAACGACUGUCAGAUUCUAUGAUCUAAAUAAAGUAUUUUCCCUCCUG